AUGUGUCUUCACUCCGUGGCGUGCGUGGUACAAUAUCAAACAAGUGGUGACAAUUCCUGCACGCAAUUUUUUGAAUGGCUCGAAGUUGAUCCAAGGACAGUUUCCACGAGAUCACUUUCUCACCAAGGACUUCAAACAACAAUGGCGAGUAAAAUCAAAAGCAGGAAUAAGCUACUAUCGUCACAUAAGAAGUCACUGCUCACAAAGUCAUCAGUCAAGGAUGAGUUGGUGGCUAUGAAAUAUGUGAUGGAUCGGCCAGGCUUACCAGUAUACGCUUUUGAAGAUUUGUCAAAAGACGAUAUUCCACCCAUGAAACAAACCGAGGAAGUAAUGGCUGAAGCCAAUGAACUUACAUACCCUGACUUUAUACCAUGGAAGGACCAUACUCAAGUUCGAAAAGAGGAGGUGAAGUCGAAUGAGUCCGACGAUCGUACGUAUUUAAGUAAAGGAUACUUUGAGGCUCCUCAAGUUGGCAACGAAUACUAUUCCGGCAGAAACUUAGUCCUGGCGACGUUAUUUCAGUCAAAUGAAAACUGUUUAAACGUCGUCAGUGAGUUGUCUCGAUAUCUCGCUAAUGCCUAUACAUCCAGAAAUGAGAAUAUAAACAAAAUACGACACAAUGCUGGCCAUUUCAAGAUACCUCAAAAGGUCACCCUCACUGCAACCAAACGAGAAAGUUGGCUCAAUGAUCUAAGCAACCCAAACAUACCUUUAAAGAAAAUUGGAGAAAAGAUUCCACAUGGUAUUCGAAGCAAGCUUCUCAUUGAUGCAUUAUGCACUAGGGCUACUCCAAUAAAUAGAGCUUUGUGGUUUACAAAAUGUGUUUUGUUCAGCGAGCUCUUGACAUUAAGGCGAAAGCAUCAAUCUAAGAUUUUGGAUUCCAAUCUGCCGGAGAAGUUUGAAUUGCACUGGUUACAAGAAUGGACUCAACAGAUUGUUGGCUAUAUGGAGAAAAUGUCACAGGAUAUAGGGCAUAUUGAUGGUGCUGUAGCUAAAGAAUACUACAUUAAAAAAUUGGGUUAUCUUCGAGAAUUUAUUCUGUCCUUGUAUGCCGAAACUUUAUUGGACAAGCAAUAUUUUCUUUCGUUGAUCUUAAAACCACUCGGAGAUGGAUUUCCCAUUGACUCAGAUACAGUUAGUCACUUGUUGAGUAUUCGACAAAUGGAAGACACGGAAGACUACGAUGUUUCAAUUCAGGAAGAUUUAGGAUUUACCAUUGACUAUGGGCAGCGUUUUGCUGCAUUGGUGUGGGUAAAGACAUUCUGGAAUGACAUCAUUGGUUGUGACUAUUUGGCAAAAGAGUUGAGCGAGCUGUUGUUGCUUAACUACUUUUAUACGACCAAGCUUUCGCGAUAUCCGAAAUGGUUUCUACCAGAGCAUUUGCGAAACAAUUUGACAAGGUCAUUGCAUGAUUUGGUGAUUUACCUUUUCAAACGCAACACAAACAAUUUUGUUAUACCCGGUAAUUGGGUACUAACCGGUGAUGCAUUAGUAUCUAUAGUAUCGCAGGAGAUGGGAAAUGUUCAACUGAACGAGCUGAAAAAAUUGGCUGACCAACUCGAGUUAAUCAAUUACAGAAACGAGAGUUUGAUAAUCAACUCGAACCAAGUGGAGACUGAUAUGAACUUUUCAAGUGAAUCACAAGUAGCUGGCAAAUCCAUUAACGGGGAUGCUAAGAAUUUCCGGGACGAUAGAAAGUACUGUGGGCAACAAUCGUCCAGCAAAUCGCCCAAUAUCUUAGAGCAAUUGGACCAUCUCAGAUUCAAUGAAAAGCUUGCUCAAAAAAUCCUACCCCAAAUGGGUAAUCAAAGUAAUGACAAGUGGAAACAGAAUUUACAUACAAUCUUCUUUUGGAGUGUGUCCCCUUGGCGGCAUAGUGCUUUUCAAAAUGAGAAUUUAUCAAUUGUAUGCAAUUUUUUGAGAAAAUCAGUGUUUUCUCAAGCUGAAAAAUCAGUCAAGAUGGAGUUCGAAAACGAGAUUUUGGAAUGCAUAUUUGCAUCAUUAGAAUCCGACUCAGAAUUGGUUGAUAAUCGCAAGCUCUAUAUAAUGAUUAAUGAGCUCUACCAGUUAAAAUUGAUCACAAUUGGCUCUUAUUUGAGAAAAUUAAUUGCUUCUGGAGUUUUUUACACGACAACAGACGACAGCAAGUCUCAAAAGGGCCCCAAUGAAAGCACCCAAAAUCAUCUUCAAUGCUUGACGAACUUACCUGUAUUGAACAACAAGCAAUGUGAUAGUAUCUUGCGUAAAUGGAAUACCGAAGGUUUAGAUUUCAAAGGCACUUUCGAAAAAAUGAAAAAACAACUUCAAUCAGAAAUUUUGGAAACGUUGUUUACAAAUAAAGGGAUUAUCCCGUCUGAUCACUUUGAAAAACAAUGGAGCUCUAUUCAGAUUGGAUUGAAGUUCUUGCUUGUCAACUGGUUUACGGACGAGUUUAAAACAAGGCUUGUUAAUUCACCAAAACUAGUUGUAUUUACACAAGACAUUUUAGCUGAUUUAUACAAAUUUUAUUCUAUUUCCGACAAUUUGCCGGUAUUUUUCAAAAUUAUUGUUCCGACUAUUCUCAGGAAUGAAAGCCGAAUGGCCAUUUUAUACCUAGAUGGGCUUUAUUUUAUAUCCAAGCUAAUCAUGAGGCAUUUCAAACUUUUGAAGCAAUUCGUUGAUACAUCGAAUAAAUCUACCAUUGCAAACAUAUUUCGGUUAAUCAUGCAGAAUUACAAAGAUUUGAGUCAACGAGAAUCUGUUGCUUACAAUUUCCAUCAAGUCUGGAGCUUUGUCGACUCAAUUACUGAAAAAGACGGAACCUCUUCUAGGAAAAGAAAAUGGGGAGAUGCAGUUUCUGAUCCAGAAAAUUUUGGUAUUCCAACUUAUAGAAAAGAUAACUUGGAAACACCAAUGCAAAUACAGUCUGUUGAUUUGGCACUAGAUCAUACACCAAAACUUACAGACAAUUAUAGUUCUGAUGAUUUCAAAAACGAUUUAGCGGCAUUGAGGGUGCUGAAUAGUGUACUUUUGAAAAGCGAGUCUGAAGUAAACGGGUUGAAAGCGAUAGCAGGAAAUACCAACAUCGACAAUCACUUGAGCUAUUGGUAUCUGAAAGUUGAUUGCAUUUCGGAGUCUGAAGAGACCGCAAUUGUAAGACUUUGGAGACAUUUUGCUGCUGGCAUUGCUGUCGAUGUAGUUGAGAAGACUAUUAGCUCCGCUGUGAGUGAUGUUUUACAUUCAGCAUGUCAAACAAAUUUGAAAAUUUUAAUGAUCAAGAAAUUGGUUAUAUACGAUAUUAUUUCACUCAAAGGAGUUGUAUCAUUGUUGACCAAUAAUGGCAAGGAGCAAUUACAACUGCUACUAUUGCAGAUGUUGUUGGAGCCGGAUUUUCCAAACAACAUGGCUCUAAGUGCUGCUAAAUAUCAGCUUUAUCGAAUCAGCGUUUACUUUUUCAAAGAAAAGAACAAGAAACAGUACACUUGUUUAAUUUUGCAGGGUUUAACUGCUAGAAACUUGCACAGCUGUCUUCUUGACAAUAAAGAAGAAGUCAAGCACUUUUUGAGUCACAGUCUCGUUACCGAAGGGCGUCACAUCUUGAGUGAACUCCUUGUGAACACGAGCCGAGAUGAUUGCUUCGACUUGUUGAACCUUUGUUUAAACAAAUCGAAAGAGGACUACGUUGGAAGUCUUUCCAAGUUUGAGCAAAGCAUCGAUGAGAUAAACGAAUUCAAUAAACCAUUUUACCAAGCUUUAUUAUCAAUUUUGUCCUUCUCCUUGAAUGUCGAAGACAAAUCAUCCGCUACAGCAAGGUGGGAAGUUUUCAUUGAAACUUAUUUGAACCGGACGAGGUCAGAAGGCUCGUCUAAAAAUUUGCUUUUCGGAAGUUUAUUUUGUUGGGUUCCGUGGCAACACAAGUUGAUUAUCUUGGAAAUUCUAGAAAACAAAGUAUUCACUCAACCACUUGAUGACACCACAACAGUCACUUUGACUAUGAAUGGCGCCGCUAUAAACUCCAUUGCCGUUGGGUUUCUCGAUACCUUUUUGUCCAGCACAGUCAAUGCUGUAUCAUCGCCAAACCCAUUUAUCACUAAAUUUACAGAAUUUCUCAGCAGGGUGAAUACUACGAUUAACAGAAUUAUUAUCGAAGAGCGACACGACUCGUUAGACACUUUGUUGUCAAUAAUUUUAAAGCUUUUGAUCAUACACAUGCUGACUCUAUGUGCUUUCAUUGCCAAGAAUCUUGGCGAUGAGCUUGCAGAAAAUAUGGUCAAACGGCUAAUUCUGAUUGUGGAUUCAAAGUAUUUAGAGCGUCAGAACCUGAAGUUGAGAGUACUCUUCCAUGAUCUUUUGUUGGUUAUGAAAACUUCUGUGAACGAUGAAAUUACGACAUUGGCUGGGGAGAUGUUGCCGAUUUCGAAUGGCUUGCAGGAACAGCAGCCAAGCCCCGAGGAAGCAAGGCAUAAGGAAGCAAAUGUGAUAGAGCUGAUAGCCACUACCUCACAAGUGCAACACUUGUUCGCCAUUCCUCAAUUCGAUGACGAGAACCCUUUCAAAAAUACACUCGACGACAGUUUAGUCAAAUGUGCAAUAAUGCUUAGUAGUGAUGAAUUGGCAUUCGGUGGAGAUGCAAACUAUAUUAAUGGUAGCAACUUUAAGCUUGAAGUUCCCAAAACUGAUUCUUUGAACAUUCCUUCAUUUAUGGGAAACAUAUUGAGUAACGAAAAGAAUAACAGACGAGAGGGCAGUCAUUCCAGGACUUGUGUUCAUCCUUUCAGAAUCAGAACUUACGAAUUGCUAGAGGAUACUAGUCACUCUCUAAAUGAUGGGUGUGUCAAUUUGCUGUUGUUUGAUGGGUACGUUGCAAGGGAAAACCCACCAUAG